AUGGUUCCAGGCCGCAAGGAGCGGCUUCUGCUGUCCUUGCUGCCGGCUCACAUUGCCAUGGAAAUGAAAGCAGAGAUCAUCCAGAGGCUGCAAGGCCCCAAAGCAGGCCAGAUGGAAAACACAAACAACUUUCACAAUCUGUAUGUCAAACGACACACCAACGUGAGUAUCUUGUAUGCUGACAUUGUUGGGUUCACCCGGCUGGCAAGUGACUGUUCCCCAGGAGAACUCGUCCACAUGCUCAACGAACUCUUUGGAAAGUUUGAUCAAAUUGCAAAGGAGAAUGAAUGCAUGAGAAUUAAAAUUUUAGGAGACUGCUACUACUGUGUGUCCGGACUCCCUAUAUCGCUCCCUAACCAUGCCAAGAACUGCGUGAAAAUGGGACUGGAUAUGUGUGAAGCCAUAAAGAAAGUGAGAGAUGCCACUGGAGUUGAUAUCAACAUCGCUCGUGUUCACAUUUCUUCCGUCACCCUGGAGCACUUGAACGGAGCUUAUAAAGUGGAGGAAGGAGAUGGUGACAUCAGGGACCCAUAUUUAAAACAGCACCUGGUGAAAACCUACUUCGUAAUCAACCCCAAG